ACGCUUUCCUUCGUCAGCUAUCGUCCGCAGGGACGAUGAUAUCGUCCGUGACACCGUACGCGAACGCACUACCGAGUUGGAUCCCAUUCGUACGGAUCUCAUUCGAUCACGCAUACGAUCUUUACCGAGUUGUUAAUAUUUUUAUUUGCAUUUACGAUCUAUAAGUAAUUAUAUUUAGUUCGCGUUCUAAUUCUAUUAAUCGACGGUAUAGAUGUACUACACUUUUUUUUUAAGAUAAUGUAUAGUUCUUUUUUUUUUAUCAAUUUGCUAAUUGCGAACAUUGAACUUCGAUAUACUGUGUGAAUUAUAUUAUUAUCUAAUAACAAGUAGAGGCAUCUGCUAUCUCGAGAAGUCUUUAUUGUUGUUUAUCAUCUGUAUGUAGUCCAGGUGUUAAUUGAUAAUUGGUUAUCAUCCCAUCGAAGAUGCAAAGAGAUCCACGUGAGCGACUUUGUUACUUUGAUAUCUGAAGAUUAUUUACAUUGGCACACAGCUGGCACUACUUCAUUCAAGAUAAAACGUUCUACGAACUAUCUAUGAUCUAAAGAUUCUAUUUCUGAUGAAAGAAAUGUUGUUAAACGUUACGAUUUUUCAAGAAACUGUAAGAUUAUUUUGCAAAUAUUCUUUGAAGAACGAAUUUGAACGAUCCGAAGAAGAUCGAAAGGAUCAAUAGAAGAUCGAAUUCGGUGAGUGACGAUUACGAAAAUACGAGAAAUUCGAGGAAGAGAUUUUAAGUACACGCGGACUGAUUCGCGCGCUUUCGAGCGCCAUUGGAUUCGCGCUAAGGGCGCGAAAAUCCUUCUAGUUCCGCAAACUUGCGGAGGAGAUCGGGAAAGUGUUGUUCAGUCACGAGUCCAGGAUUCUCACCCCCGGAGGCGGCACCAUCUCGCCCGGGGGCGCGGGGCCACCCGCGAGCCCUUCUUCGGGACACUAUCGUCAACAAACGCACAGUCCACCCUUGGUCAAGAUUGGAUCUGUUCACGCGCAUCAAACGAACAACCAUCAGCAUCAACAUCUUCAACAACAGCAACAACAGCAGCAGCAGCAACAACAACAACAGCAACAACAACAAACGCAGCAGUCGUUGCAGCAACAACAAACGUCGAGUCAAUCGCAAGUGCCUGGUGGGGGAGGGGGUGGAGGGCCGGGGGGUGGUACGGUGGCCAGGGCCGGAGGAAUGUUCUGCUACCACUGCCCCCCUGGUCUUCCGGCACCAAGACUUCCACCAUCUUUGGAGUAUCCCUUCGCACCGACUCAUCCUUAUACCAGUUAUUCGGCUUACCAUCCAGCUUUGCACGGAGUCGGUGAGGAUUCUUUCGUAAGAAGAAAACAACGAAGGAAUAGAACGACCUUUACUCUCCAGCAAUUAGAGGAACUCGAAUCAGCUUUUGCACAGACUCACUAUCCAGACGUCUUUACGAGGGAAGAUCUAGCGAUGAAGAUCAACCUUACGGAAGCAAGAGUCCAGGUUUGGUUUCAAAAUCGUCGAGCAAAAUGGCGGAAAAGCGAACGACUGAAAGAGGAACAGAGGAAGCGAGAGGGUGGAAAUGGUGGUGCUGGAGGAACAGGAGGAGGAAGUACAGGAGGAGGGAGCUCUGGAAGCGGUGGAACCUUGGAAACCUCAGGAUUGGCACCACCAGCUUCUUCGUCCGCUGGUCCUAGUCCUACUGGUCACGAUCCUGAAGGUACUACAAGUAGCAGUGCUGCUGAUGCCGAGGACGUAGGACCAGAGGGUGCAGGUGGUUCGAGAAGCCCAAGUACAACAUCCGCCUCGGUCAGUCCUCGGCCCCAGCCGAGUCAGCCGUCCCUGGGUGGCGUCUCGACGCCACCACCGACCCCUAUAAGGGCGCCGCCACCACCGCCGAGCACCGUAGGGGGCUUGGGACCACCCGCUGAGAGCACUCCUGGAUUAGGAGCAGGCUUUAGGCCAGUGGAACCACCGACCUCACUUUUCUUCUCGCCACAUUUAGCUGCACAAUUUUCACCGCCACUCUUUGGUAGUAAAGUUGUAAGCAGCACACCAACAUCGUUGACCUCUACGACACCUUCUCUAUGGAGUACGAGCGAUCAUCGACCGGGUAGCUUGCAAGAAAUGUUGUCUUGGUCACCAGCAGGCUGGCCAGGUUCAUUAUGUGGCUGCUGCAAACCCGGUACAGGUGAUCUUCAUCGUAGCAGCAGUCUCGCUGAAUUGAGAAGAAAAGCUCAGGAACAUUCGACAGCCUCAGCAUUGUUAGGCGGACUAGCUGGUUUUCCUGGUGGUUUACCCUUGCCCUUACAUCUACCCUUACUGCCACCUCUCUUAGGUCUAUCCAGAAGACCUGAGAAUCAUCAUCAUCAUCUACCAAGCGUCGCCCAUCAGAUUCAACCGACGACGAAAGAGGAUCCCUAGGAUCAUCUGAUCGUAGUUCUUUCUUUGAAUCUAAUAUAUCCUAUCCACGUUUUCUCGAUAACUCGAACCAACUUAGCGGUUCGUCGGAUAACGUUGGGUUUUUCACUCGGAAUUUUAUCGAAGUUUUGCCAAAUACGAUGAAUUACGUCGUUGGUACAUUUUUGUGAUUGUUCGAAAAUACUUUAAACGCACGCUCGAGAUUUAUAUUAUAUAAAUAGCGUCGAUUUGCAUUUAUCCUCGAACCCCAUUAGCGUAUUCUUUGUUUCCGGUUCGUAUCUUUUUUUUUCUUGUUAAUUGCAAAUGUAGAUGCAUUGUUAUAGUUAUAUAGAUUAGGUGCGAAAUAAAACUACGAGAACCUCCGGAAUCGUCUUCGUAAUUUCGCGUCGUUCUGUGAAAACAGUAUCGGAUUUAUAGAUUUUGUUCGAAAAGUAGAUCACUUGUUUUGCGUUUAUGCGGGAAGUUAUUUCGAUUUUUAUUUAAGCACAAAAUCCGAUAUUUUCGCAACUAAACGCAAUUGUACUUUGAAUAUUUUCUAACGAUAGCAGAUUAACGGUGAUGUGUCUGAAUAACCAAGUAAUGUUUGCAUUUGUCUGCUGGAACUAUCAAAAAUUAGAGUACUCGAGUUUUUCGUAGAAAAUUUUUACUGUCUUCUUUUUUAUAUUUACAUAAAAUAAUAAUCUUUAUUUAAACUCAUAUCACCGUCCGCAAAACAACAAUAAUAUGACGACAAAACCGGAACGAAGUAUCAUACGAUGAAAAGAUGAAAUAUUAGGUAGUUACAAAAGUUUAUUUACAAGUUUAAAUUUAUUUAAAGUUUAAUUCAAUUUUUGUCUACACUUUGCAAAGAAGUCAAAAUUCAUUUGCGAUUGUAAUUAGUAUGAACCAGUAUUUCAUCGAUGUGACAUUAUUAUACCUAAUUGUGAAUUUAGCGCAAUCAAAUUUUUACGUAAUAAGAAAAUAAAUAAUAAUGUUAUAUAUAUCACCGUAUGUAAUAUUUUUAAAUGAUUGUUUGAUAGAAAAAUUUGUGACAGAAUAACAAAAUAAUGAAACGAAUGUGUAUGAUAAAAAUGAAAAAAAAGUGAGAGGGAAGAGGACAUAGUAGCGCUGCAAAUGUGUCAUAUAUUUGCUUUCAAUUUCAUUUGCAAUGCAACAAAUUGUUUAAUCUCUAAAAAUUAUCAACAUGCAUUUGAGGCGCCACAUUAUUUACGAUAAUUUCGAAAUCGCACGAUAAACUCGAGUACUGGAAAAAUUCGAAAAAUGUAGUCUUGUUAAAAAAAAAAAACAAAAAGAAAAAAAACAAGAAAAGCAAUCAAAACAAAGGGAUCGAAGUUAAAACGUUUUAUUCGAUUCAUACUACUCGUAUCAUGCCUUAAAAAAAAAGAGAGAGAAAAAGAAAUAAGCGAUAUGAUCUUUGUCGACGAACGAUAUAAAAGUGAAACGAAAAACAAAAACAAAAAAGAGGAAUACCUCUUAGCCGUUAUUCUGAAUUUCGUGAGUACAGCGUAGAGGCCAAAAAAGGAAUACGUAGCUAACCCAUAGAGACGUGUAUAUUACCUCCUGAUUAAGUGUCAGUGCUAAUUAAAGAUAGUCUAAAGAAAAACUAUGUUACGAGCUAGCGAUUAUUAUGUAGUGUAUAAACCUGUGGUAGUGAGAUAUUCGAAUAAACUUGUUCUCUCGUGAUAAAUUGAAA